AGGUCUGGAGAGUCACGGGCAAUAGAGGCACCCGAAGGCGGAAAAGAGGCAUCUGAGAACCAUGGCGGCGGUAGUGGCGGCGGCGGCCGUGAGGGCUCGGAUCCUGCAGGUUUCUUCCAAGGUGAACUCCACUUGGUAUCCAGCAUCCUUUUUCUCUUCUUCUUCAGUGCCAACUGUAAAGCUCUUCAUUGAUGGGAAAUUUGUUGAAUCCAAAAGUGACAAAUGGAUUGACGUCCACAACCCAGCCACCAAUGAGGUCAUUGGUCGGGUCCCUCAGGCCACCAAGGCUGAAAUGGAUGCAGCUGUUGCUUCCUGCAAACGUGCUUUCCCCACAUGGGCAGACACUUCAGUAUUAAGCCGUCAGCAGGUCCUACUCCGCUAUCAACAACUUAUUAAAGAAAACUUGAAAGAAAUCGCCAGGAUAAUCACAUUGGAACAAGGGAAGACCCUAGCUGACGCUGAAGGAGAUGUAUUUCGAGGCCUUCAGGUAGUUGAGCAUGCCUGUAGUGUGACAUCCCUCCUGCUGGGAGAGACCAUGCCAUCCAUCACCAAAGAUAUGGACCUUUAUUCCUACCGUCUGCCUCUGGGGGUGUGUGCAGGCAUUGCUCCAUUCAAUUUUCCUGCCAUGAUCCCCCUUUGGAUGUUUCCCAUGGCCAUGGUAUGUGGAAACACCUUCCUAAUGAAACCAUCAGAGCGCGUCCCCGGAGCAACAAUGCUUCUUGCUAAGUUGCUCCAGGACUCUGGUGCCCCUGAUGGAACACUGAACAUCAUCCACGGACAACACGAAGCUGUAAACUUUAUUUGCGAUCAUCCGGAUAUCAAAGCAAUCAGCUUUGUGGGAUCCAACCAGGCAGGAGAGUACAUCUUCGAGAGAGGGUCAAGACAUGGCAAGAGAGUUCAAGCCAAUAUGGGAGCCAAGAACCAUGGGGUAGUCAUGCCAGAUGCCAAUAAGGAAAAUACCCUGAACCAGCUGGUUGGGGCAGCAUUUGGAGCUGCUGGUCAGCGCUGCAUGGCUCUUUCAACAGCGAUCCUUGUGGGCGACGCUAAGAAGUGGCUACCAGAGCUGGUGGAUCGUGCCAAAAACCUCAGAGUCAAUGCAGGAGACCAGCCUGGAGCUGAUCUUGGCCCUCUGAUCUCCCCCCAGGCCAAGGAGCGAGUCUGUAAUCUGAUUGAUAGUGGAACUAAGGAGGGGGCCUCUAUCCUUCUUGAUGGUCGAAAAAUUAAAGUCAAAGGCUAUGAAAAUGGCAACUUUGUUGGACCAACCAUCAUCUCAAAUGUCAAGCCAAAUAUGACCUGUUACAAAGAGGAGAUUUUUGGUCCAGUUCUGGUAGUUCUGGAGACAGACACUUUGGAUGAAGCCAUCAAGAUUGUAAAUGACAACCCAUAUGGAAAUGGAACUGCCAUCUUCACCACCAAUGGAGCCACUGCUCGGAAAUAUUCCCACUUGGUGGAUGUUGGACAGGUGGGUGUGAAUGUCCCCAUUCCAGUGCCUUUGCCGAUGUUCUCAUUCACGGGCUCCCGAUCUUCCUUCAGGGGAGACACCAACUUCUAUGGCAAACAGGGCAUCCAAUUCUACACUCAGCUAAAAACCAUCACUUCUCAGUGGAAAGAAGAAGAUGCUACUCUUUCCUCGCCUGCUGUAGUCAUGCCAACCAUGGGCCGUUAGAAAUAAGUUUGUUCCAGACUCAGUCCAUCCUGAGUAAUCUCCCUUUAUUCUUGACCAACUUCAUUUUCCAACUUUGCUCAGACCAGAUCCCUGAGAAUGGAAUAACAUGUAACUAAAAUUUUUCUCAGAACGAUUAGCCCCUGCAAAGUUGUUAUAGGGAGAUUCCUAGUGUAACUCUGAAACCAGAUUUUCACUUACUCUUCAUACUUCUGUUUUUGAGGUAACUGCUGUGAACUGUGAAAUGUUUAUCUGGAAUGAGAGCUUAGACCUGUUUUCUAAAAAUUCUCCCCUUUUCUGAUGUCUUGAAGGAAGGGAAGAUUAUGUAAAGAAGAUCACCCAUAAUUGGAAGAGGAACUCUUGGAUGGGGAAAUAGGACAGAUAUAAUUCACCCUUUGGUUGAUCCUCAAACACAGCCCCACAUAAAUGCCAGUGGGGGAGAUCCCUCUGCCAGGCUGCCCAGAGCCUCUCAUUUAUCUCACACUACAAAAGAUAUAGUCCGUUUCUACUUAUCCCACAGUUGUGACAACUGCUUCUUUUUGUUGAAUGCCACUUUCUCCUAAUGAAUCAUGACCACUAAAUUGUAUCAUUGUCACUGCUCCUGCUUCUUAAAAUCACUUCUCAAGGAUACCUCAGUAUGCAUUAGAUAAAUGAACUUUUUCUAGUGUGUGCCAAAUGUUAAAUUUCAAGGUUUAAAAAAAAAAUGUGAAGGUUUGCCUCAACAAUCAUUAACUAAUGCGUUAGUCAUUAAUUCAGAUGCCAAUAGUUUUUUGUUUUGUUUUGUUUUUUCCUUUAGAAAACCAUUUCAAAAGUUAUUUUAGGCCCAGAAAUCAAGGGCUGUUCCAGCCAUGAAAGUGGGCAAGAUUCUUGUUAAGCAAGUCUAACCUGAUAGUCCUUGUCAAAUUUUUUCUGUCGUUCUUUCCUCUUGCCUGCAUUUCUCAUUAGUGAUACUUUUUAAUAAAAGAACUCAAUAUAGAGUAAACUGACUGGGGCCUAAGAAAUCUUAAAGUUUCAUGACAUAAAGUAGUAAAAAAGAAACGCUUUGAUAGAUUCUUUUGCUACCAUUAAUUCAACCCUGGUUAUGCUUUUUGUUUCUGAAUUCAAUGUGCUAAACAAAAUAGCUUUCAUCUUUUUGCUUUAUAUCCCAACUGAAUCCUGUCUUUCUGAUGUGGUUUUCAUGCAGUGAACUAGGAGAAGGCUUCUGGCUCUGAUAGAGGAAUCUCUGGUCCUCAGCCAGAUAACGAAGGUCAUUUAUUUUUCCUCUUCCCUGUUAGUCACAUGGAUAAUGCUAACGUACUCCAUGGAGGUUAUUCAGUGAAUUAAGGACAGUGAAAUCCUUGCAAAUGUUUGUGCAUUCUAUGGAUUUUAGGCUUAUUACUACCACGAACUAGAUACAAUGUCAAAAUCUUCAAUCACUUAAGGUGACUGGAACUCGAGUAAAAUACAUUUAUGAUCCUACUGGGUCUUCCUGUUUUUCUUUUUUUAGAUUUGCCUUCCUAAAGGUGAGGCAAUAGAAAUUUAUAGAAUUCCCCGUUUUAUCUCUUAUCACAGCUUGCAACUGAUAGUGAUAUUUAAUUCAACCCAACAACAACGACAGGCUGGGUUGAAUAAAAGGUCGUAUUGUCUAAAUUCCAAGUGGAAUUAAAUAUGAUCACAGAGAUUCCUAAAUUUUCCUUACAUUUAAGGGAAAUCAUGUUUUAAAAAUGCUAAUCAGAAUUGUGUUUCUCUGCUUGGAAUCAACUCAUUUGGCUAACUACUUGCUACUUAGAAGUUUCUUAUUUCUUAUAUGGAAAAAAAAAUCUGUAAUUCUGUUUAUGCUAAUAGCAGCUAAAAAAUUCAGUUUUGGGGGUUUUUUUUGCUCUGAUGUGGCCUCAUUUGAAAUUUCUCUGAUUCUACACUGUACUGAUUGUGAAUAACACGUUACAAAUAAAAAGCUCUUAAAGAGAAAA